UAAGUAUCAGACAAACCUUACUUAAAAUUCAGUAUGUAAAAUAUACAGGGUUGAAGUCAUGGAUAGAUUAGAAUCUAUACUUUGUUAAAACAUGGGUAAUGAGAUUGAAUCUGCCAGAACACGUUUAGAAGAUAAAGAGUUUGAAUCCUACUUAAAUCUGUUACAAGGAGCUACUGAAAAAUUGUUGAUGAAGCGAAAGGUUGAUAUAAUAACAUCAAAAGUCUCUCAAGAUAAAACGACAACACCUGAGAUGCAUAUUUACAAAAGUGGAAACAUUCUAGGAAGAAUACGGUUUCGAGGUCAUCCUGAAUUUUGGGAAUCAAAUAACAUAAAUCCAGGUCCAGAUGAAUACAAGUCUGAUGUCGAUGUUGAAAAAUCAUUACUUGGUUCCAAUCCUAAAGACUGGAAUACAGGGCAGAUUAUAUCAGCUCAAAAACUGAUAGAAGAGUUUAGAGCUAAGUAUUUUAAAGAAAAGUCAGAUCCUGGAACUCUAGCCAAAUUGACUAGAAAAAAUUGGAAAGACGCUUGGUCUAAGUUUAUGUUUAGUGUAGUUAACGUAGACAACAAUAUAGAAAAACAUCUCAACCCUGUUAGCAUAAUUGAUGAACGAUUAAAAGUAUUUAAAGAGAAAGGUGGGAAUUUUAUUUUAGGAAAAAUGUAUCCCAUACCUCCUAAGGGUGAGUGUGAGGAUAAGGUUUUAUCAAACAUAACUUACAGAAAUAAUAAAGCUGAAGUGACUGGUAAAACAAAGAGUGACACGUCGAAACUGGAAAACAAAGACCCCAGCUCAAAUAUAGCAACGAAAAAGACUGGCGAAGAUUGUCUUAGAGAAACCCCCGUAGAGACAGCUAGCGUUUGUUCUGCCGUACUCGAAGUUGGUAAGGACAAGGGUUCUAACGAAUAAAAA